AUGAUACGUUUUUUUCCCUCUCUCUUUUUGCAUCUUUACUCUUUGCGUCUAUCUGACUCUUCUCGCUCUCUCUCCCUCCCUCUUUACCUUUCUACUCUUAUCUUUUACCUUGGCCUUUUUCAUCCUUUCGGUGAUUGCAACAUUGCGCGUUUGAAUCUGCUCUCAAUCCGCCCGCAUGGCCAUCGCGCUCACUUCCUAAAUCUAUUCCCAUCUCAUUAA